UUCUGGAAUAAUGGUGAUAUGUUUUUUGGUCUGUGUAAAACCCAAUUCCAAGAAACACCCUUUUUGGUAGUUUCCCAAGGGUUAUGGUUAAACCAGGGUACAUUGAUUUUCCAGAAAGAAAAGGGAUCAAUGGCUGGCAUGAUAAUUGACGGGAAAUCCCCAAAUGACAACUCUAGAGCUGUCACUAACCAGGGAUCAAUCUGUUUGUACAACACAAAUUGGAGAUCACACACGAACAUUAAGGGUAAUGGAUGUAUCACAGUGGGUCCGACCUCGAAAUUG